AUGGCCGAAUACUGGAAAUCAGCUCCCCGCCACUGGUGCAAACAAUGCAAGAUCUUCAUCCGCGACACACCCUUCGAAAAGACACAACAUGAAGCGAGCCCCAAACACCAAGGCAGCUUAAAGCGCUUUCUGCGCGAUAUCCAUAAGAAUAAUGAAAUGCAACAGAGAGAAACACAACGAGCCAAGAGCGAGGUAGAACGUUUGCGACAAGCCGUCUCGGGCGAAUCCUCCGCGUCCAAGUCCGAAGGCAAAGCCUCCGCCCCACCGCCAGCCAAACGUACCGCUGGCCCGGCCAACCGACCCGUUAGCGCGGAGGAAAGAAAGAAACAGAUGGCACAACUGGCGGAAAUGGGUGUCGCUAUUCCUGAGGAGUACCGAGGGGACAUGGCCUUGACUGGAGAGUGGCAGACGGUCUCCGAGACAAGGCUUGACGUACCGGAGGGAGCCAGAUCUAUUGGUAUUCGCAAGCGCAAGCUUGAGGGAGAUGAAGAUGAGGAGGGUGGGCAGAUCCCGGAGCAAUACGUGAGCAAAGGGUGGGGGUCGAGGAUGAAGACAUACCCUGGAGCAGAGGAUGAUGAUGACGACGGUGACCUUGAUGCUCUACUUGCGUCUACAAAGGACUUGAAAAAGCCUAAGAUGGAGAAAGAGGCGGUUGAAUCAAAGGAGCAAGAGUCAUCAUUCACCCUGGCCCCCAAGAAAGAAGAAGACGAAACUGCCGACUCGAAGGCUCCAGUUGCAAUGGUCCCCGAUGUGGAGGAACCAAACCCGGUCAAGAAAGAGGAGGCCGAUGAUUCUGCUAUAAACAUUCCUAGCGCAGCCCCUGAAAGUGAGGAGGUGCCUGGGGUUGUUUUCAAAAAACGUAAAGCGAAGGUGAUGCGGAAAUGA